AAUGAAAUGAAAGAAAAAAAACAAGUGAACUCUAGUCUUUCUGUUGUCAUUCGCAUAUACAUGAUCGUGAAGAAAUGAUCUGUACCAAUUCUUUACACAUUGGUCUCAAUAAAAGUUUGUUACUCAUAGUUGGUCUAUGGCCUUAUCAGCAAUCUAAACUUAUUCAACUCCAAUUAACGUUGUUUAUUAGCGUUUUGAUGACAUUUAUCUUAGUUCAGUUUACGGCAUUUUUUACUUUACGAUGUACAUCAGAAUUAAUCGUCAAUAUUCUUGCGUCUGCAUUAUUUUAUAUUUUCUUUGCAAUUAAAUAUAGUUCAUUUAGUGUUAACCUUGAAGCCGUAAAGUAUAUGUUGGAACAACUGCAACAUUUGUAUAAUGAACUAACUGACGAAAAUGAAAUCAAUAUUAUAAAGCAAUAUGCGAUCUAUGCAAAACGUUACACUAUUGGAUUAACAUUGCUUCUUAUAUUGAUGAUAUUGAUUUUUAUUUUAAACUCAACUUGGUUGCACAUUUUUUACAUAUUAUUUUCUAUAAAUAAAACUCGAUCACAUUUUUCGUCGCUACUUGUGACAGAAUACUUUGUCGAUCAUGAAAAAUACUUUUACUUGAUACUUUUUCAUACAAAUGCAGCCUUUUUUAUUGGAUUAGUCACAAUGCUAGCAACAGGAUCAAUGUUCCUAGUUUACUUGCACUAUGCGCGCGGAAUGUUUCAAAUUACCAGUUAUCGUAUCGCAGAAGCAAUUACACAAAACACUUUACAAAAUAAGAAUUUGAUUUACGAGAAAUUAAUUUGUGCUGUGGAUAUGCAUCGCAGAGCUCUGAGAUUUUCCGACUUGAUAAUAUCUAAAUUUAAAUUGAUGUUUUCUCUUAUGAUGAUAAUUGGUGUGAUCUGCUUGGCUUUAAAUGCUUUUCGGGCUUUUCACUUGACAUUCUUUGAAUUUGAUAUUGGAGAAUUUUCGCUACGAUUAAUGUUUAUGAACUCUCUCUUAUUUUAUGGGCUUAUAAGCAACUAUUUAUCGCAAGGAAUUAUAGAUCAAAAUAAUAAUGUAUUUGUUUCUGUAUACAACAUUCACUGGUACAUAGCUCCAAUGCAAAUACAAAAAAUAAUACUCUUCUUUUUGCAAAGGGGAAGCAAGGAAUACGCUAUAAAUAUUGCUGGAUUAUAUGUGGCCUCAUUACAAGGUGUAGCUUCGUUGAUAAAUACGGCAUUGUCGUACUUCACGGUUCUUUAUUCUGUACAAAAUUAACAAAAAAAAAAAAAAAAAUA